UCUUAAACUAUUAUUAUUAUUAUUCUUAUUAUAUGAUUGAUAUGAUACCUAAAUAAUGCUUGUAUUGUUACAUUUUAACUAGGUUUAUUUGAUACUUCGCAAUAAAAUUCAACAUAAAAGUUAUUAUUUAGUUAUUGUACGCGUUUCGAACACUGUUUUUAUUUUGUAUUUACAAUGGCAUCACCAUUAGAAUAACUACUAACUAUUGUACCUAUCUGUACUAUACGUUAAUAUUAUUAUGCACGUUGCAGGCACUAGUGGGUGUAUAAUUUUUUGCCUGCAAUUUCAUAAAGUUGUUAACUAUACUUGUAUUAUGUUAUAUAAACGAUGAACACUUCAGUAUUGUCAACAUUUGUAGUAUUAAUUAUUUUAUUUUUUUUCACCUUACACGAUCUUGUGUUGUUUUGUAUGUUUUAACUAAAUACAAUGCUCUGAGACUUAUUCUCAAAACAAUAGUGGAGGCAUUUUUUUAUUUGUUGAUUCUCAUUAUAUUUUGUCGUUAUUAACUUACACAAAAUAUGUUGAUUUUUUUAAUGUCAAUGUAACUCUUAUUUUAUUCGCACUAAUAUUUGGCCAAAGUUGUUAAUAUUAUAUAUGUUUAAGUAAGUAUACAAACAAAACAUAAAACGUUAGCCUUAUUGUGAUAAGAUUUGAAGCGUCACUGAUAACUUAAUAUACCUACUAUAUGUCUAAAACAUGUAUAUGGUCUAUCAUUAUUAUUUGAUACGAUCGAGCAAUAAAUUAUCAUUUGUUAAAACAAUAUUGUACCUGCUACUGUUUGUGUUUACCAAAUCAUAAAUCUAUACUCCUUAUCUUGUCUUCAUCGCAUUCGUAUCACGCGACAGAGUGACUAGACGCUCAUAAUAGGUAUUUGACGGGAACACAGACUAUAUGACAUUUUUCAUAAAAUCUGUGGCGGGAACGUCGCUAAGAAAAUGGACGCAUUUCAUUUGAUUGCUUUGACCUUUGUUACGGUUUUAUCAUUGUACCGGGUCGUUUCAGCGGGCACGAAAUUAGGUGAAUUGUGUGCGUCUUCAACGGCCCAGAACAAAUGCAUGAGCGCCAACAAGACGGAUGGGUAUCGAGUAGCUUGCAGUGGCGGUUUUCGCGAGGAUUACUCGGUUGAAGAUUAUUUUUUAUUUCAAAUGCUCACGCUCUGUCAUUGGCCGCUGGACCACUUCGACCCAGGCGUGUCACUGCGCCCUUAUCCAAAACUCGUGAAGUUGACGAUAACCAAAAGCAAAAUUAAAGACAUUACUAGCGAGUUUCCGGAGUUCUUGCACAACUUAAAGACUUUAAAUUUAUCUCAUUUGAAUCUCGAGCGUGUUAAAUAUAGUACAUUUAAGUACUUAACAUCUUUGGAAGUCUUAGAUUUGAGUUACAAUAAACUCAAUCACUUGUAUUCACCUACAACGGAAUACUUACCGAAAUUGAAACAAAUUUGGUUAGCUGGAGAAUUUUGGUUUUGUAAAAACGAUUUAUUUUGGUUACUUCUACUCCAAGUAUCAAAAGAUCCGUCGACUUUUAAAGUGAUGGAUUCCAACCGUAUGACUUGUGGUGGAUAUAAAUAUAUUGGAAAACCCGUGAUCCCUGUAUUGCGGCUAUUAAGUGAUUUAGAGAAAGAGUGUCCUAGCAGUCCACCUGACUAUUGCGUUUGCACGUUGGACAACGUAGUACGUGGUAGAGGUGCAUCAUUUUAUUUACAUCCAGUUAUAACAGUCGAUUGUAGUUAUAGGGGCUUAAAAAUGCUACCGAAAAUACUUCCGCACAAUACUACAACACUAUUAGUCCAAGGCAAUCAGAUAUCCACAUUGGACGAUUUGCUUACCAAUCGCUAUUACACAAAACUUUUGGACAUUCAUUUAGAUUACAAUCAGAUUAGUUCAAUAAGCAUAUUAGAAGGAUCACAUUGGUUGUCACAUUGCAGAGUUAUGAGUUUUAAAGGAAACAAUUUAACUAAUGUACCAACCUAUGCAUUAGAUAAUGCGUUCCAGCGAAAUCGUAACAUUGCUCAACUUUAUUUAGGUGCAAAUCCUUGGCGUUGCAAUUGUUUGUUUGCUCCAGCUUUCCAGGACUUUUUAAUUAAAUACAAAUCAUUAAUAAUGGACUUAUCAGAUAUAAAAUGUUCAUACCAGCAAAAUGAUGAAUAUUACUUGACUCCAAUUCACGAUCUUCCCCGGAAUACAUUGUGUAGAAAUUCUACGACGGACAUGGUGAAUUUUUGGGAUAGUUUGAACGUAUUGCUGGCUAGUUUAAUAGUAGUUAUAAUUUUAAAGUUUAUUUACGAUUAUAUUAUGUAUAAAAAAUAUGGCAGAAUACCUAGGAUUAUCACAUUAUUACCAUAAACUUAAAAAAAGUUUUUAAUUAUGUCAUAAUAAUUUUCGUAUUAAAUUUUGAUAUAACAUGUUUUUGUAUCUGUUUUAUUUACUGUAUUUUAAUAAACAUACUUGUUAGUUAAAAACUCUUCUAAAUCUAAAAAUACACCGAGCAAACAAUUUACAUAACAAUUAGUAGGUAUAGGUAUAAAAAAAAUAUGCUGUGAUUGGUUACAAAACAUUAAUUAAUAUUUUCCAUUUGGACGGAGUUCGAAUUCUGAUAACUACAGUAUUUUGCAGUAUUUUGUUUUUUUUUUUUGUA